AGAAGAAGGGUUUCUUCCACCGCCGCCGCCGUCGGAGACGCGCUGCCCCCGUGCCGCCGCGGCCGCUCGCCUCUGCCGCCUCCAGUGACUGGAAUCCGCCCAGUUCUGUUUGAGUAGCGAGCGAGGAGGGGAGGAGCGCGGAAUCAGACUGGAGGAAAAAUCAUGACUGGGAACGGAGAGCAGAAGUCUCGCAAGGAGAAGCGGAAGGAAGCGAGAUCGGAGAAGCACAAGCAGCGGUUUCUCUCUUGGGUUCAGCACCAGGGUGGCAAGAGUAAGAAGACGGCAAUGGUGUCCGUGGAACCGAGUCCGGCAGAGGAGGCAAAACCAAAGAAAGAACCCAAGAAGAGGAGGAGGGAGCCUGAGGAUAGCCACAAGUCCAAGUCCAAAUUCCAGGAGUAUCUUGAAAUGGAGAUGGGUGGUGCUGCUGUGGGCAGAGAGGAGGAUCUGGAGAUGGAGAGGAAGCUUGCAAAAAAGCUCAGGGUGAAGAAAGGAAAGCUGGGAGGUCCGGAUGAUGGUAUGGAUGAUCUUUUUGGGGACCUCGGAUUUGGCGGCGACUAUGCUUCGGAUGGUGAAACAAAAGAUGCUAAACCAGAAAAGAAGAAACGGAGCAGGAAAAAUAAGAAUGUGAAGGAUGAUGCCAUGGAGGAGGACAGUGGGAAAGUAGCGGAUGAUAGUAAGGUACACAAGAAGAAAAAGAAGCGGAAAAGUAAGAAAGUGAAGGACGAUGCUUCGGAGGAACCAGGUGGUGGAGGUGUGGAAAUGGCUGAAGAAAGUGAUGUAUCAAUCCACGAAUCUGAGGAUGAAGAGCCUAAUGUGGUUGAAACACCCCCGGUGUCAAAGGCAAAGUAUGUACCUCCUAGUCUCCGUGCCAUUUCUAGUUCAGAAUCAGAAGAAAUCUCCCUGCUACGCCGGAGAGUGAGAGGACUUCUAAACAGGCUUUCAGAGUCCAAUGUGGAGUCUAUUACUCAGGAAGUUGCUGCAAUAUUUCGCUCGGUUCCCCGAGGUGUUGGCUGUCAGUUAAUUGGUGAUGAAGUUUUGGCAAGUUGUUCCCGGGGACCUCGUGGCAAUGAACAAUAUGCUGCUGUAUUUGCAGCCUUUAUUGCUGGUAUGACAUGCUUGGUUGGUAUGGACUUCAGUGCCAAAAUCCUUUCCUCUCUUGCCAAGUCUUUUGAGGAUGAGUACUCAAAAGACGAUGGGUUAUCAGUGAGAAAUCUUAUGUUGCUUUUCUCUUAUUUGUGCAUAUUCGACGUCAUUGCAAGCGAUCUUGUGUAUGAUCUUCUCUCAGUGCUGAGUGAGCGCUUGACAGAGCUGGAUGUCUCAACAGUGUUAACCAUCCUGCAGUGCUGUGGAAUGAAGCUGCGGGGAGAUGACCCGGGUGCAAUGAAAGAUUUUGUACUCAGCAUUCAGAACUCGGUAAGGCAGUCAAAAUUGUGCUCAGCUGGACGAGAAGAUGGAAAAGCAGAUCUACAUAGUAAACGAAUGGAGUUUAUGCUUGAGACCAUAUGUGACAUUAAGAACAACAAGAAAAGAUCCAAAGAGGAUCCUUCACAGCAUGCCCGUGUAAAAAAGUGGCUUCAAAAGCUGAAGUCAGAAGAUAUCCUCUUGCGCGGGCUAAAGUGGAGCAAGCUGUUGGAUCCUGAGAAGAAAGGGCAAUGGUGGUUGUCAGGGGAUGCAUCUUCCACAGCAAGCAAUGUUGAAGAUGUUGCAGCAGCUAUCAGCAAGGAGGUUGUAGAGGCACAGAAACUGGUUCAGCUUGCAGCUUCCCAGCGGAUGAACACUGAUAUACGAAGAGCUAUAUUUUGCAUCAUAAUGAGCGCUGAAGACUAUGUAGAUGCUUUUGACAAGAUCCUGAGGCUGGACCUAUCUGGGAAGCAGGAUCGAGAAAUUAUGAGAGUCAUUGUUGACUGUUGUCUGCAAGAAAAGACUUUCAAUAAAUAUUACACAGUCCUCGCCUCGAAGCUAUGCAGCCAUGAUAAGAAUCAUAAGUUCAGUUUACAGUACUGCAUCUGGGACCGUUUUAAGGAGCUAGAUGAGAUGGAGUUGAAUCGGUCCAUGAACCUGGCAAAACUAGUUGCAGAGAUGCUCGCAAGCUUCUCCUUGUCGCUGGCAACACUGAAGGUUGUCAACCUGGCAAACCCUGUGGAGAUGACCCCGAAAAAAAUCAUGCAUUUCCGGAUGAUGUUUGAGACCUUGAUGCAGAAAGAAGACUCGCUUAUGUGGAACGUCUUCACCCGUAUCGCCGGGAACCCAGAGCUCGAGCUCUUGAGAGAUGGAAUCGUGAUGUUCAUCAGACAGCAUGUGAUCGCCAAGGACGCAGGGAAGGAGUUGUCUGGCAAAUUCAAGAUCGCCAAGAAGGCGCUUGAUAACUCUGCUGGAAUUUUGAUGUAAUAUGCCCGUCGUGUGUCUUCCACGUCUCGGCUACGUGACACGAGGGCUCUCAGUUUUGUUUGGUAUUCUGAGGAAAUGUAGACAGAUCGAUUUUGUACACUACAUGAGAAUGGUUUCUUUGAAUUGAUGAUGCAAAUUUGUAGUGUUCCAGGAAAUCAAUGAUUAUUAUUACUAUCCGAACUUUUGAGAUA